CCAUUUAAGAUAAGAAAGAUGUUGAAUAUAUUAAAGGUGGAGAUAUUGAAGACCACACCCCUUGGUCUUUUCACGGUUAAACAAUAUUUGUAAAUACUUGUUGUGGAAGUACAGUUCCGUAUUACAAGUUUUUCAGAUAAUCGUGUCAAAGGUAGAAUGAUUCUUUAUAUUUUUCAAUAUUUCCUUCUUCAACAAGUUUCAGUUUUAGGAUCCAUGAAAAUGUCAGCUAAGUCUAAUAUGGUAGACUGGGAUCCAUACUAUCCUGGAGAAGUAAAUGAACAGGACAAAACCAAACCCCCUUCUCCUCUUCAAUAUCAACACAAUCUCGUCAAGGAGGACCAUCUCCAGAUUGUUGAUGACCUUCUCCCCCUGGGUAGAAGGGAUGAGAAGACUAGUAAACAAGAUGAACAGAAUAUAAAUACAGAUGAGCUGGGUCAAGAUGAGAAACAGUUUGCUGGUAUCACAGUUAGCCCUAGUCUCCUUUAUGUUGGAUUGUAUCAACCUGAGAAUAUUAUUAUCCAUGUUACUCAGAACCUUAUUAACUUCGUAUCAUCCACACUCUUCUGGUUCUUCCUUCUCUUCCUUACCAGGGUAAUUAUCAAAAUGGGGGCCUAGGGUAAUAUUUAAGACC